CAUUAUUGGCCCGCGGGGAGGAUUUGAGGACUGGCACUGGCCGUAAGGUAAAUUGAGUUUGAGACCCCUUCUUUAGAUCUUGUUUCUAUCUGGCUGAGGCUCAUUCUCAGGCUUAUCUCAAUGGCUUUUCAAAUGACCUGUAUGCUAGUGUUAACGCUUCCAUGUCUGGUUCUUCCCAGAUGACCCCAGACUCCCUGGUUUACAGAACAAGCCUGAAGUAUAACCCCACCCCUGCCAGCAACCCAGUGAUCCUGAGAACCAAUCCGGCUGUGAUUCCCAUUGAGUGUCACUAUCCCAGGAAGGACAAUGUGAGCAGUAAAGCCAUCAAGCUGAUGUGGGUUCCCUUCAGUUCCACCCUGUCUGCUGAGGAGAGGCUGGAUUUCUCCCUGCACCUGAUGAAUGAUGACUGGAGUGCUGAGAGACCCUCCAAUGGAUUCCAGCUGGGGGAGGUCAUGCAUAUCCAAGCUGAUGUCAGCACUGGGAACCAUGUGGCUCUUUGGCUCUUUGUGGACAGCUGUGUGGCCACCCUGAGCCCAGACAGGGACUCCUCUCCCCGCUACGCUGUCAUUGACUUCAAUGGGUGCCUGGUGGAUGGGAGAUCAGAUGACACCACCUCGGCCUUCAUAUCCCCCAGGCAGGACACAUUGCAGUUCAUGAUGGAUGUGUUCAGGUUUGCAGGAGAUGAUCUAGAUCAUCUGCUAUCUGAAAGUCACUGCAGCUGAGCAAGCCCCAGAUUCCUUGAACAAGGCUUAUCCCUUCAACAAAGCAGGUGACGUGAGUAGCUGGAGUAGGACCCUAUGGAGGUGAUGGUUUGUGGGCAGGUGGGGUUUGUGGGAUGGGCAGCCCGGAGAGGACAAGUCUUACUGUAAGUGACUCUGCCACUUCUCCUGGUCUAGCUGGUCUCCAGUGGAAGGCACCAGAGACAUCUACAGCGUGGUGAGACUGGGAACUGUG